CAAGUCAGUUUUUCCUGUCUAUCUUACUGACUUUUUUAAGGGGUAAACAACAAGACAUAUAAGAAACAAGGUAUACACACAACCACGCCAUGACGUGAAACCAUUUUUACUCAGGCACAUAUGUGGCCGUCCCGGGUCCUGAGCCGGGAUGUGAUAGGUCUGGAUUUCAUUGCAGUGCAGUCUCCUUCAGCUCGCCCUCCAACCGGUGACGCCUGCCUCGGCCGUGCGUUGUGAGGAACAUCUCUAAUAAAGUCACUUCAAGUUUACCGCUAGCCCAAUUCUCUACUGAUACAAUGGCUGUGCCUCCCUCCUAUGCUGACCUAGGCAAGUCUGCCAAGGACAUCUUCAACAAAGGCUAUGGAUUUGGCUUGGUGAAGCUCGAUGUCAAGACAAAGUCAGCCAGUGGAGUGGAAUUCAAAACAGCUGGUUCCUCCAACACUGAUACCAGCAAAGUUGCAGGCAGCCUGGAAACUAAAUACAAGAGGUCAGAAUACGGCCUGACCUUCACUGAGAAGUGGAACACUGACAACACCUUAGGAACAGAAAUCACCAUUGAAGAUCAGAUUGCCAAGGGACUGAAGCUGACUUUUGACACAACCUUUUCACCAAACACUGGCAAGAAGAGUGGCAAAGUUAAGACCGCCUACAAGCGUGAGUACGUUAACUUGGGCUGUGAUGUCGACUUUGACUUCGCUGGCCCCACCAUCCACGGAGCUGCUGUCAUCGGCUACGAGGGUUGGCUCGCCGGUUACCAGAUGAGCUUUGACACUGCCAAAUCCAAGAUGACCCAGAACAACUUUGCCAUUGGCUACAAGACGGGAGACUUCCAGUUGCAUACCAAUGUCAAUGAUGGAGCUGAGUUCGGAGGCUCGAUCUACCAGAAGGUGAGCGACCAGCUCGAGACGGCAGUCAACCUGGCAUGGACCGCUGGCAGCAACAGCACACGCUUCGGUAUUGCAGCCAAAUACCAGCUGGAUAAGGAUGCCUCUGUCAGUGCUAAAGUGAACAACAAUAGCCUUGUUGGUGUUGGAUACACCCAGACACUCAGACCAGGUGUGAAACUCACCCUUUCUGGCCUGGUCGACGGUAAGAACAUCAACGCAGGAGGCCACAAGCUGGGUCUGGGUUUGGAACUGGAAGCAUAAGUUUUCUGCAUACUGCAAGGGACUAGGGAAUAUCAGAAGAAUCUGGCCUUAAAUGUAUGUCCAACUCAAACCAGCAAGGGGAUAUCUUGGAGAGAUUGGUUCAAAGGCUGCGACAACAAACUCUAACGUGUUAAGUACCACUUCAAGUUGGUGCUUCUGUCACUGGUAUAUUUUACCUUUGUUGCUUUUUACUUUGUAGAUCUAUUCAAGAGACAGUUGGUGGCAUAUUAUUUAUAAAUCAUGUCAUUGUUCCUGUCAAGCACUGCCAUAAUAAUAAUAUCCAAUACAAUCCCUUUGCCUGUCAUCAACUCUGUGUGGCUUUAUUGUGAUAAUCCCAGACACUGUCUUUUGUGAGAACAUCAGUUGACUGUUUUGUGGGGUGAGCGUUGUCAUACCUUCUCUCAAUCUGAUAUUCCUUUGUCAUCUAUACAGUUUUCAUUUGCAGACCUUGUUAAGUACACUAGGUUCUUUCUGCUAUUAUUUAAAUACUGCUGCACCCUUCCUGUUCAUGCACACAAGGACAAACUAAACCUCUGUAAUGUUUUAUUUUGCGUCGGCCAUCAGGGUUUGUGAUGUUCUGUUAAAGCUCCCUUUAACUGGGUUGUUUUUGGGGUGCUUAAAGGUGGGUCUCUAAGUUUGAGAGAAACCUGUACACUUGGCCGACCAAGCAGAAUUCGUUUUUGUUUAUUCUGUACUAACAUACAAUUGGGGGGGCAAGUAAUUCAUGUUCACAGUAAUGCCAAACGAUCAUUGUCCGGAAGAGGUGUAACGUAAAGUUGCAUGUGUGCACUCUCGUAAAGUGCUUCCCUGUACUGGGCAGAGACAGAGCCUGCAGGAAGUCUUGGAGGUCCUUAUGUGUAUGUAUAAAUUUUCAAUAAAGUCUUUGAACUCCACAAACACAA